ACUGCGCGCGGCAAGGAGGGGGAGAGGUCCAGCUGCAAAAAAAGAAAAAAGAAAAAAAUACGGCAGAUAGCUACGACAAUGCAAUCAUCAAGCAGCUCGUAAAAGAAAAAAGCUAUAGCUCACGCGGCUGAAGUGACAACCGCAAAUGAGGGAUUUGAAAGCUGAAAACGGGGGAUAUGAUGACACGCUGAGUGCCCCAGUGCGUUUCCUGGAAUACCAAUUCUUCCGUAAGUAAAAAUGGAGCGGCAGUGGAGAGGAGCCUCGCGCUGUCUCCAUCACUGAGAGGCGCGUCCACCUGCUAUUAUUACCGGAGGCCCUGGCUGGCGGCUGCUGCUGGUGCUUUUUCUUGGGGGGUGGGGGGGCGAAGACAUGCAGGGGAAGUGCUUGCAUUUCGGGGGGAAGAAGACGCAUCUCUGAUACGGUCCAAAGAAACGGAGAAGAAGGAAGCCCAUUGCGACGGGGAAAAAAACGCAGUCUGGGUGCAUUCGCUCUGGAGGUGGGUCUGCCGAAAUGCUGCAUAGGCGGUAGAAUGAUAAGCCGUUUUGAUGGAUGUACUAACAGUCAGCGGUCUCACAUUUAACGUGAAGACAACACAACCAGAGGAUGUCGAUCUAGUGGAGAACACAGGACUAUGUGAUCAGAGUGGAGAACUGAGGCUCGGUGGACUCGUUGAUGCUGCUCAUCCCCCCUCCUCUCCAGCCCCCGCCGCAGGGACAUCGCAGAGGGUCUACCCCACCCACCAGAGGUCCACACCUGCAUCCCCCAUCCUCCCCCUGCCCCUUGACACUGAAUCCUCUCUGAGCCUGACUUUGGUCCCCUGCCCUCUAGCCCAUGAGGUUCAACCUAUAGCCCCUCACGUGCACGGCACCCCGAUUCCCUCCUCGCUUCCUAGCCCAGCCAUAAGUUCCUGGGUCCCAACGGAAGAUCCCCACAAGGCCACCCUACCACUGCCUGUUUCCCUGCCCCUGUCAUCCACAAUGAUGGAGCCUGGCACUGUCUCGGUCCUGACAGACGAGUGUCUUCUACAGCCUAGCCGAACCUGCCUUGGCUGUUUCAUUGAGACCACAGACCAUAACUCCAUCCAUGAAACCCCCCAUGACCCUACCACCAACCCCGACCCCGAGCCUGGCUUAAGUGUGAGGAUAGGCGAUGUGGGUCGAGAGGACUUCUCGGACAUCAACAACAUAAGCAUCCAGUGCCUGAGCCAUGCUGGGGAAGCAGGUAGCCACUAUGGAGAACAGCUCCUUUCUGAUCAGCUCCUCAACUUCCCCCUGCCCAAAGCCCCUGGCGAGGGCAAGAGAGGGGACGGGGACAAAAUAACAGACUGUGAUGACCCAGAAGAUGAUGCAACCACAAAGAAUCUAUAUGAGGGGUUGUUACUGGACAAGGUGAAUGGAGAGGAGGUUCUGUUAGCUAAUGCCGGUCAGGAUUGGGGCUAUUUUGAGUCUUUCAUCAGUGAGAGCAAGAUGGAGCUCCUUGACCUGUGCUCCAAGAAUGAACUGUCAGUAAACCUCUUCUCAGAGGAGGAUGUCGAUAACCUAUUUGAUGAUGAGGACGAUGACUCCACUUUAAGCAGCGAUGUUUGUUCCCUAAAGAUUCGCUACGAGUCUUUCCAGGACAACAUGAGGGAGAAAACAAAUGUUCUCCAGGAGGAGACCCAGUUCAACUUCUUCCCCAGUGUCCUGGCCAAUUGUGGCAAAAAGGAAGAGGGAGUGGCGGUGCCAAAAAGGGGUGCAGAGAAGCACCCGCCAAAAUCGGAAGACCUCAUACUCGUGGCCGAGCAGGUGGAGAAAGCCGGGGACUGCAGUAGUGGAAGUCCCCUCGAUGGCUCCCAAGCCUCACCCAUGUCCACCCCUAAAGUAAACUACCUACUGGACUUCAACUCCACCGAGGAGUCGGGCGAGUAUAGCGAUGACAGCUCCUGCACUGGCUCUUCUUCAGACACCCUGCAGGAAGGCAAAAUAAAGAAAGGCCACUCCAGACGGUUUUUAAGCCCCUCCAAUCCUCUCAACUAUGGCUUGCGCUCCAAAAGGAAGGUCCGAUACAGUGAUGACUACCUAUAUGAUGUGGACUCAAUUGAGAGUGAGAAAAACACAGAGAAGAAAGAAAAGGCACCAUCAGGUCAAAAGGAAGAGGAGGACGUAGACUGGUGUCCCAAGAAACGCCGGAAAUCCUGCCGUAAAGAGCCCCCCGUAGUCAUCAAGUAUAUUAUCAUCAACCGGUUUAAAGGAGAGAAACACAUGUCAGUGAAAUUGGGAAGAAUGGAUCCUGUGGAAGAUAGUGUGAGCUUAAAUGCAGACUCAGUGAGCAAGUAUGAAACAUUGGCUCCUCUAAAGAAUUUCUGGCAAGAGAGGCAAAGGAAAAGAGAGGAGCAGCUUAAGCUGGCUGCCAGAGAUAAACGGCAACGCAGUUUCCAUCUAAAUGGACGCCAUCAUCGCCCAUUCAAUUCCAGUCACCCCAAAAGGAAAUAUAAGAUUGCAAAUAGGCUUAAGGUUCAGAGGAUUCACACAGUGGAGCAAUCAGCAACAACACCGGGCUCCUGUCCCUCUGAUCAAGGUGUCACUAAAGAGGAGACCACCCCCAUGGACCUAGCAGGAGUAAUUGAAGCCCCCACCUUCCCACUCACAUUAGACUCUAACGCCAUUGCACAGGCAGUCACAGCCAAGAGUCGCUCCCAGGAGAGGGAAGAGAGGGAGGCGAGACUGGGAGGAAAUGCAACAGGCAGGAUAAGGAAAUUUAAAAGUGAAGCCCGACUGAGGAGCAUGAAAAUGAAAGCAGCUGAGGGAGAGGAGGGGAGGAGUGUGACAAAUGUAAUGGAUGCAUUUGCCACUGUGGCACAGAUUGAGGGCCCUACCGCAGGGUUAGGCGAGACAAGCUCAAACACAGUCAGCACCCAUUUCUCUGACACCUCUGCCACUAAUAACACACCUGAGGAGAAAUUUCCUUUUGUUUCCUCAACUUGCUCCCCCGACAAAGCGAGAUCAUCAGAGGAGGUGGAGGACGGGGUGUCUGUCAUCCCCGGGGGCUACCUGCAGACCCUGUUGGACGGCACAGACUCGUCCGGUGGAGCGGCCAUCUCUUAUUUCCCCCAGCAACCCUCGAGGCAGCAGUAUCCUCUGGGUACGUCCCUAGAGGAGAAACAGUUUACUUCAAUGCAGCUCGCUCAGAGCUGUGUCCUCUCUCCUCCCUCGGAGUCGGAGCUCCAACAGUCACCCCAAAACUGCCCGAACUUUUCCCAGAUGUGGCAUCCUCAGCUUUGCCCCAGCCACGGCCAGAGCUUCGGGCCUGACACCAACGAAACUCCCAUUUUACCCAACAACUGCCCUGCUACAUUACCCUUGAAUGACAGCUUGCCCGUAUCCAACUAUAACCAACUGAGUUCUGAGGCUGACAGGCUGCUUUACCAAAAGAGCUACCUAGCCCAGGCUGGACUGCAGCCCGGGGCAGAUAUGCAAGUGUGUCAGUCUGCUGCUCUGGAUGGCCAGGUGCAAUAUCAGAGAGGAUCGCUGUGCACAGACAAUGGCAGGCUCAUCAGCUAUGACUCAGUGGGCUCUCUGUCAGCCUCAUCCAGCAAUUACAGCUCCCUGAGCCUCAAGUCCUGCGAGCGUGAGGGUGAGGAAGAGGGCCGAGACAACUUCUUAGCUCACUGCAGUCCGAAAGUGGUGAUUCAGCAGAGUUUGGACGCCCUCACCCCUCUCAGGGAGUCUUCAGACCUACUAGAUAUCUCCAACUUCACCCCUGACAAGUUUAGGCACUCGUCACUGUCAGAGCUCUCCCCUCCCGAGACCCCCAAUCUGUCACCCCAGGUGGUGUGGCGUGAGAUAAAGAUGACGGGGAAAGCUGGGGAAUAUCAGGAGGGAAAUGAUUCUACAGUGGACAACAGUAGGGAGGUGAAGUGGAACGGUGAUGUUAUUCAGCAGCAGGAGCACAGCGGUCCGUAUACGGCUGAAGAUGGCCAGUUCACACUGCAACACUUUAACAGCGAGGGAGGCUUAGGUUUAGUUAAAAAGGUGUUGGUUAGUACAGAUUUUGAUGAACACACUACUGAGAUGAAUGGUAUGAAAAGCACAAAGACAAAGAAAAAAGGCAGUUACAAACAAACCCCCGCAGGUCAAGGCCCUAAGAAGAGCCGGGCUCCUAAAGCAACCAAGACAGAAAAGGUCAAAGCUCCCAAACAGAACUCUCGCUCCACCAAAAAGAUCAAGGCCAUGUUAGAGGGUAAGGCUGCAAAGAAUCAAGCUGGUGGUUGUGGCACAGGCCUAACUGACAGUAGCAGCACUGGUGACUGGUCUGGCACCGGAUGGUCAGAGAACAACAGUCUGGUAGGAGAUGACCAGAGAGAAUUCGAGGAACCCUCCAACAUUCUGUCCAACAUUGUCUCUGGCAUGGCGGAAGUCCAGAGAUUCAUGAUGGCCUCCAUUGAGCCAUUAUGGGACCCAAUGGCUGAGGCCUGUAUAACCCCUGAGGCUAAUAGCCUCAACCUAAAGACCCUGAAAAUCUUGGCAGGCACAGAGGCUGACCUGAAGAAAAAAGGAGCCCUCCUAACAGGUGCUGGCAGAGGGAGAAAGGCUGGGGGAAAGGGAGGCAAAAACCAGGCCAAAUUCAAUCCGUCCCACCCCUUAUUCCCGCAACUUGCUCUGGGCUGUAAUAUGUUUGACAAGCCUAACUUUAUUAACCCUGGGCCUGCACACAAAAAGUUGUACCGCCACAAGACCAGUGCAAAGUUCCCUCGGAUUGAGACACUGAAAGGGAAGCGAGCUGAGAGAGACCCAAAUAAGGACAUAGCUCUGAUGGCCUCUUUUGAGACACUGAGGUAAUAUUUUGUUAUUGACUGCUGUUGCACCCAACACCCCCUCCCACCCCACACCAGCUCCCACCCCCCAUUGCCCCAGCCCCCCCCACUGCUCACCAACCCCCCCACUACCUGCUCAGCCUCCCCUACCCAAGCAUACCUACACUGAUGCUAUGCCAGAGCUGCAUGACUUCUACGUUCCCCCUGAUUACCCCCCACUACCUUUUAACCCCUGAAGAGGAAAUUAUUAUCUGCAUGAGAAAAACUUCUUGUACUUUGCAAACUACCUAUUGAGUGAUUGUGUCAAGCUUGAUUGAGAUUUGAAAUGACCAUGGCUGCAUUUUUCUUGCUUUUGUUGUUUCUGCUUUGGUUGUUCCUAUAGUUGUUUCAGUUUUAUUUUUUGUCUGAAAAAAAGAAUAAUGAGCCUUGAAAAAACAGUUCUGUCGCCUUUUUGAAGAACUUUUGUUUUUGUAUUUCUCAGCAAAAUUAGCUGCCCUGAAUUAUGUAUUUAUUCCCCCCUUUUCCCCUAAAGAUGUAGCUAUUUAAAACAAAUGCAUUGAGUGACAUCUACGCACCCCUCCUCCUCAUCUGUUUUUGUAUGCAGAAAAUGGAUGUCCUGUUGUUGCCGUCCUUCAUACACUGCCUGGCUUAUUUCAAGAGGGGAAACGACAAGUAAUGAGCCUUGUUUGAGCCCAAGACAUAUUUUCCACAGGAUGGGACCAUUUUGUAAUCGAUGACAUAUCAAACAUUGUCUUGAGCCUUCUUUUUCUUCUCUCAAUGUUGCAAUGACUCCCCAUUUUGUUUUGUUUUUUAUCAAGCUUUUUUUUCUGGAGUUUAAAGACCUACUGUUGAUCUAAAUUUACAGGUUAAUGUUUGCCAAUUCACAAAAGCUCCUACAAAAGAGUAUUUUUGUCAAUGUUGUUGUACAGGGACAUGCAAUAUUUGCAAAAAAAAAAGAAAAAAAGAAUUAUUAUCUUAAAAUCAAUGUGCCAAAAGUAACAAUGCUGUGUAAAUGACCUCUUAUAUAUGUGUGAAUAUUGGCUAUUCCUCUUUUUUAUCCAUUUGAAUAUUGGCUGCUCGGGUCAGAAUAUCCUGAUAGUGACUUGCCGCUCCUUCAUUUUGGACUUUUCUCACCUCUGGCGAAAGGCACCAACCAAGCUGUCAGUGGUAAAAAGCCACUCACUAAACCAAAACCGAAAGACUCUGAAUUCUUCUUUCCCUCUCGUUGUUUGCCAAAUUCAGUUUACCUUGACAUCUGCCUGGCUCUGAGUAGCUUAAAAAGGGUUAAAGAAAGAUUAUUAUUAUUUUGAAGGCUACUGUGAUGGAAGAUGAAAAGGGUAAUGGGGCUGGACCGACAGGAGUACCGCAGAGUUUUUGCAGGGUGGGGGCACUUGAAAUGAAAGGCGACUUAUUAACUUAUUUGUCAAUGCAAGCAUUAACGGUAAAUGCAAUCAUGACGUAAUGUUCUCCGCAGUCAGAUUUCAUGUGAAUGCAUAAAAGGUGAGAAUGAAAUCAGUAAUAUUAAUGAAAGGAAGUGUCUUUACAUUUUUACUCCGCAUGAGAUUUCUGUUAUUUUACUGCCUGAUUUGUUAUUUUGGAUAGAAAUUUGUUUAAUGAAUAUAGUAGUCGUUAUAUAACAAGUUAAUUUGGUCUCUAUUUCUUUCAUGUAUGAAUCAUAUAAUGUCAAUAGAAGCAAAAGGUCCCCAAACCAGUCAUAUGAAUUACAGUCUGGUCAUAUUUGCUCAUAUCACAUCUGAACAUCCAUAGUAAAAUGGGUUCUGAAUCCAUAUAAUCAGUUGUAAAUUGAUGGAAAACAAGACUAUCAUAAUGUUUGUAACGAAAGGCAAUUUUAAUGUCACCCUAUUGCAACAAGCGUAUGCGAUUAUGUACAUUUUUCAAAACAAAAAAAUAAAGAAAUACGAUUAAGAAAUACUACAUUAAAUGGAUAUUGUAAUUCAGAUACACUAUAUGGUAGCAGUACCAUAAAAAAAUGUUAUAUAGAUUCAUUUGAUACUAUAUGCAUUUAUACUACCAAUAGUAAUUUCUUGAGAAUAGAAAUACAGAGCCAAUACAAUCACUUUUUGCUGCAUAUUUUAACUACAAAUCUCCUUUCAAUCUUCCUAGACUGUAUGCCUUUAAUUUCCUUCUCCAAUAUCUGUUUAAACCGAGCACUAAUUAACUACAACUGCAUGAAGAUGUGCCAACAUAUCGACACUUGAUUUAUGAAAAAAGCCUUGUCACUUUGGCUAUGGUAAUUCUGAAGCACAGGAGGAUGGGGGAUGGAUCUCUUGCAGAAAGGCAAGAAUCAUAAUCAAACUGUUCUGUCCAUUUUUAUUAUUUUCUCUCUCUUUGCCAUACUAUUUUGGUUGUUCCUUUGUCACUAGUGUAUCAGGGUUAGGUCCAAGACAAGCUGCUGAAGGAAAGCGCCACACUUAGUCUGCCUUCACUCAUUUCUGCCUAUUGUCAAAUUGAAUGUACUUUUCUGUGUUCAUAAUUGUCGUUUCCUUUGUUUCUUUUUUUUUCUUUUUGAUGUGCCACUGUUGAGCUGCCUCAUGUUAAUGGUGCUAAGAAAGUUGACAAUUCGUUUUUUUUUGUUUUAUUUCAUUUUCCCAGAGAUAACAAAAAAGAAAUGCAAAAUACAUAAGGUACCUAACCCUCUUUAUGAAUGUAUAUUAUAUUGUUAUUUUAUGUUUGAUGUGUUCACACCAUGAUUCAAUGAAAUUAUUUGAAAUUACUUUGGUCUUUUCAUUAAAAGAAUACCGAGCUUUAUAUAUACUGUCUAGAGUCACCAGAAAGGAUCUUAAUGAACUCUUGACACUACAAAAUCUUGUAUAUUUUUUGUGUGCCAAUUUGUAACAUAUUUUGUAAGUGUAUAUUUUUCUUAGAAAGUGCUGUGAAGUAUUUGUGUGUGUGAGUAACCUUUUAUGCGCCUCUACAGGCAGUGGAAAGGAUAUACAACGACAAGUUUCUGGUUUUAAAAACCAAAAUAUGAAAGUAUUGACAGAAAACUAGAAAUAUUUACAUUUUGUUGGAAGUUUUGUAAUAAGACCAUGAUCUUGUUGUGAGAGUGUUGUGUUACUGUGCAAAACACAAAUAAGCAAAGAAAAAAUUACUUGCAAAAAAAUCUCAUUUGUGAAGAAUUUGCUGUUUUAUAGAUUUUCAUGUAAAUUAUUUGAGUAUAAUUUUGUUUUUUGUUUUGUUUGUUUUUGUUGUAACUGUUGCAAAGGUUUUAAAUAUUUGUGAUCAAGCCUGUAUGGUGAUAAUGUAAUAUUGGUAACUUGCUGAGUUUUGUAAUAAUGUUUAUGGAGUAAAUAUACAAAUUAAAAUACGAUUUUGAAUGCUGCUUUC